AUGGCGAACAACAGAAGCGGAUUCAACCAGGGAUUGGUCUCGUCGAAUGCGCUUGCAGUCGAGAAAGAAGCGCGCGCCGCGUUUGUAGCCUCACUUCUUAGCUACGAAGACCAAUUGUCGCUAUUGUUGGAGCCCGAAGAAGAAGCGAACGACCCAGGUGAUGAGGAGGACGCAAGGAUCGCAAUGGCUAAUCCUGUCCACUUCUCUGGGCGCGUGGUCCUUCCCACAAACCAGCCUCUGGACGCAAAAAGGGUAGCAGCCCUUAACGCGUUGUACGCCGCGGAGGGCGAAGCACUGGAUGGGAUCCAAGAUCUCACGCUGCGUUCGAUGAUGACCAAAGAGACAGCGGAUUUCGAUUGCGCUGAUGCGUCGCCGCCAACGUGGACUCCUGUUGAGUUGAUUGCGGAGAUGCAGGCUACACAUGACAAAGUCCGUCAAAUGGUGGAUCAAGCAACCACUGCUAGCAAGGACACGAGGAGCGCUGGGCUGACCACCGGGCGGGACCGCCGAAUCAACCGCGAUGGCGAGAUCUUACUCAAUGAGUUCUUCGAGAAGUGUCAAGCGCCGAACGAUGCGGAAGUGCAGAUGCUCGCGACUGUCUGUGGCGUGGAAACCUGGGAUAUCCAGCGAUGGUUUGGUGCGAAGCUCGAAGCGAACCGCAAGCUCUUUCACUUCCGGAUGGAGUUGAACAAAGAGGAGAUCGCAGGCAUGGACUAG